AUGGACGUCAAUCUCACACCGCCAGACGAGAUGAAUGGCGAGACCAUUGCCAUCCUCAUCCUGUUCAACUUUCACUGCCGCGUUCAGCUCAACGAUGAAGCGCAGACCUCACGCAAGAAGCUGCUCUUGUUCCUCAUGGACAAGAUCUACCAGACACGCCCACCUUCUACCUCAUACUCAGCAUAUGUCGACGAGCUCAGAGCAGCCAUGGAGGCAGAACAAGACAAUUGCCGCAUCAUGAUCGACUACCUCGAUGGCAUGUUCCAUCUUCUCGAUGUACCAGACGGACUCACGAAAUUGUUCAACGAGAAGCUCAACCGUAUCAUGCCGACAUACGAACCUACGGGCAUGCUCAACGCCACCGAUAUCUUUUUUGAGCGGCGCUCAUUCUUUGGUCUCUUCUUUCGCCGCAUGAAGCUGGUAUUCGACAGUCUCGACCUCCAAGCAAGGGAUCACUUGACUGCUUCCGCACGGGCCUGGAGAGAGGGUCAUUUGGCUGCCUCGCUUGACUACGACUUGAACGAGAUGGAUGUAUCUCCACUAUCGGACGCUCGACUAACUGCCUUCCGAGAUUACCAGCUCGGACUUUUUCGUGGCGACUACGCAAUGGCCAAGGACAACAUGGAGAGAUUCUUCGAUUUUUACGCUCCAGGUGCCGACAGGGAGCUUCAUCAGCACACCUUGCUGCACCUUGCCGCCUUCCAUCUUCAGACCGAAAGUUUCUCUGCAGCCAAGGCUGCACUUGACGAGGCAAUCAGUCUUGCCCGUUCCGCCAACGACGGUGAUUGCAUAGCUGCAUGCGAGAGCCUCAUGCAUCGUAUCCAAGGCGUAGGUACAAGCGUCCUUGCAUCGGUGCCAGCAUCGUCGCAAGCCUUCAGCAGCGGAGAAAGUCGCACUACAUGCAAUGAUGCGGUGUGGAAAGUGCGCUGCGAGCUUGCCAGAGGUCGUUCAGCAGUGGAAGUACUGCAGAACCUUGAGAACGAGUUUGCGCCCACGCAGCCAUCCAAAGAAGCUUUGGCUGCUUCCGAGGCCUCACUGGAGCUGAUGAAUGAUGCCAAGCGACGUUUGGGCCGAGACGCCGUUGAGCAGGAUGCCGAAGUAUCUCACCUGUGGAGCUUGCUCGGUCAACCAUCGCUCGCGGAUGUCUACCAGAAUCGCGCACACUUCGACGUCGACGACCAUACUCUCUCAGCUUCGCAGGAAGAGACUCGGAUGGACUGCAUCUGUCGCAAAGCGAAAAGGCUCGCACAAGCAGGUCAGUACGAAGAGGCGCUCACCAUAUUGGUCUCAACAAAAGCUUACCAUGGCAUUCCCGUCAGCCAGUACACAACCUGGCACAAUGCCAUCGGCGAUGUGUUGCGUUUGCGAGCUAUUAGAAGAGAAGACGAAGCUGCCCUCCGUCUCCUUGCGGAGAACCUGCCAACACGCGAAUCAGCGAUGGACGGCUGCGACAUCGAAGACGCUGUCGAUACACCGAGCGCUCUCGUCGAGCUCGCCCUCCGAUACCUUGAAUCUGGCAGAUCAAGUGCGGCCGAAAAAGCCUUUGGGGAGCAACUCAAAGCAUUCAGUCGGCUCACGGCCGAAGAAGCUGCGGAAGCACUCCUGCGUAAAGCCGCUCAACGAGCAAAGAGUAGCGAACCAACCUUGUCCUUGAUGCCGACAUUGGCAAGUCUAUCGAUUGCAAAGGAAAUGGAUUGUCAUCGGCUGAUAUGCAGUGCAAGGGUGCAGCUAGCUGAGACACUGGGUCUCCAUCUCAAAAUGCCGGAUGGAGCGCGAUUGCUCAUGGAGGCGGAUCUGUCGGUUUGUCUCAUUAGCGAGGACGCUGAGCUUCGAUCUCGUGCACAGUGGACGUACGCACGUAUCCUGCUGUCAUCCACUGACAAGCAGAACAGCGAAGAGUUGACGAGAGUUUUACGUUGGAUGCAAGAGGCGGAGAAGGAUGCUGACCGAGCUGAAUGUCUCGGGCUACAAACGCAGAUUCUGUACUACAUGCUUCGACUACAUCACCACAUGGGUGAUCUAGCAGAGAAGACUGAAGUGACAGCACGACUGGACACAGUCGAGAAGAGGUGGUCACGCCAGGUCGUUGCCGAGGAUCAAGCUUUCCUGGACCAAGUGCAGCAGAUCUUGGACAUUGUCGUAUCAGUGGCAGGUCACGUUGCGAGUGGUGAAGCAGCUUACGAAAGGCUGCGAGCUGUGUAG